CGAAAACAAGCAGGAGUAGCUGGCGUCAAUAAAAGCGGCGCUUUGGUUGCCAACGCCAACGUUAAACUCUCCUGCUUUACUUUUUGGCUGCGUGUGUGUGAGUGCUGUUGUCUCUGCUUUUGUACAUGUGUGUGCGUGUGUGUUUGCGCUCUCCGCUCAUUACUAACGCAAAAUUACACAAAACGUAAAAUGUGUGUCGUCGUCGUCGUCGCUAUCGCUGUCGUCGCUGCCGCGCUGUCGUCGCCUUUAUAGCCGUCUUCGCUGUGUUUCUCAUCUUUACAGUUACAGUUCUCGCUGUUGCUUUUCACUGCUGCUGAUUGCUGCUAUUUAGAUAGAACAACAACAACAACUAAUACUAUAAACCACAACAAUGCAUAGUUCCUGCUGAGUAGCUUUUUGUGUGUGCCUGUGUGUGUGUGUGUGUGCGUGUGUGUGUGCCACUGUGCCUGUGUGUGUGAGAGAGAGUGUGUGUGCUUAUGCAGGCAUGUUGCGGCUGCUGCUCAGCAAACAGCGCCAGAGCUGACAAGAAAAGGAAAAAAAUACAACAACAAACAAAACAAAACACUGCCACCUCGCAACAAUACAACUAUAACAACGAUAGCAACAACAACAACAACAACAACUUCCACUACAGAAGAGUCGCCAAAUUCAUCCCCCACUCCUUUGUAGCUAGUAAAAAUUGCUUAGGAAUUAGAAGAAGCAACUAAAAAUAAAUAACAAAAAACAAAAAAAAAAAAAACAACGAAAGAAAGAACAACAUCAGCAAGAAAUCCCGUUAUGGAACGCAUGUGGCGCAAAGUGAAUCACAGCCUGCGCAACAGCAAAUCACAAACGCCGUCGCAGGCAGCACAGUCGGCCAACGCUGCUGCUGGCGCCGCAACCGGCGCUGCCGGCAUUAUAACGCCACAUUCGAGUGACACCAUCAGCUCUGCGGGCGGCUUUGGUGAUGCGCAGCUCGUGGUCGCUGUUCAAGGUCUGCCCGGCAACGGUGUUGGCGUGGGCAGCGCUGCCGGCGGCAGCAAUGCGACUGGACGCCGUUUGGCCAGCAGCGGCCAGCCGCCAUCGAAUUGUCACAAAUCGCUUAGCCAGCACGUUUUGCAAACGCGCACCGCCUCAUCGGAGCGCCGGCGUCGACGUCGACGCAAGAGCCGACCGCGACGCAGCGGCGGCAUGGCCAGUGUUACCAGCUGCGUGGGCGAUGCGGGCGGUGAUAAUAUGUC